CCCGGGGCCGCCGGGCGCCCCGCCCCUGAGCUGGCCCGAGCCCCCCGGGGGCGGCCCGCCUCCCGAACCCCGCGAUGAGGGGGGGCGGCGGAGAGCCCGAGCCUCGGGACCGCGCCGCUCGCCGCUCUGGGCCUCGGUUUCCCCAUCUGUUAUAAUGAGGCGCCCGCUCUAGCCCGAUGAGCCUAUGAAAGUGCCCCCCCCAGAAUGGAGCCCCUGAAGAACUUGCUCCUCAAGAGCCCCCUGGGCACCUGGAACGGAGGGGGGCGGGCCGAGGGCGCCCCCAAGACCGCCUACUGCAACCCCGUGUGGACCGCGCUGUUUGACUACGAGGCCAGCGGCCACGACGAGCUGACCCUACGCAAGGGCGACCGGGUGGAGGUGCUGUCCCGGGACGCAGCUAUCUCCGGGGACGAGGGCUGGUGGGCAGGCAAGGUAGGCGACCAGGUGGGCAUCUUCCCCUCCAACUACGUGUCCCGGGGCAGCCCCCCGCAGCCCGAGGUGGCCCGCUUCCAGGAGCUGCGCCUGGAGGAGGUGAUCGGAGUGGGGGGCUUCGGGAAGGUGUACCGGGGCAGCUGGCGGGGCGAGCUGGUGGCCGUCAAGGCCGCCCGCCAGGACCCCGAUGAGGACAUCAGCGUGACUGCCGAAAGCGUCCGCCAAGAGGCUCGCCUCUUUGCCAUGCUGGCGCACCCCAACAUCAUCGCGCUCAAGGCGGUCUGCCUGGAGGAGCCCAACCUGUGCCUCGUGAUGGAGUAUGCCGCGGGAGGGCCCCUCAGCCGGGCACUGGCGGGCCGCCGGGUCCCCCCUCACGUCUUGGUCAACUGGGGGGUGCAGAUAGCCAGGGGGAUGCACUACCUGCACUGUGAGGCUCUCGUGCCUGUCAUCCACCGGGACCUCAAGUCUAACAACAUCCUGCUGCUGCAGCCCGUGGAGGGGGACGACGUGGAGCACAAGACCCUGAAGAUCACCGACUUUGGCCUGGCCCGAGAGUGGCACAAGACGACCCAGAUGAGUGCCGCGGGCACCUAUGCCUGGAUGGCGCCCGAAGUCAUCAAGGCCUCCACCUUCUCCAAGGGCAGCGACGUCUGGAGCUUCGGGGUGCUGCUGUGGGAGCUGCUGACCGGGGAGGUGCCAUACCGUGGCAUCGACGGCCUGGCCGUGGCCUACGGAGUCGCCGUUAACAAGCUCACCCUGCCCAUCCCCUCCACCUGCCCGGAGCCCUUUGCUCAGCUCAUGGCUGACUGCUGGGCGCAGGACCCCCACCGCCGGCCAGACUUCGCAGCCAUCCUGCAGCAGCUGUCGGCCUUGGAAGCCCAGGUGCUGAGGGAGAUGCCCCGAGACUCCUUCCACUCCAUGCAGGACGGCUGGAAGCGGGAGAUCCAAGGACUCUUUGAUGAGAUCCGGGCAAAGGAAAAGGAGCUGCUCAGCCGCGAGGAAGAGCUGACCCGGGCGGCGCGGGAGCAACGCUCCCAGGCCGAGCAGCUGCGCCGGCGCGAGCACCUGCUGGCGCAGUGGGAGCUGGAGGUGUUCGAGCGCGAGCUGACCCUGCUCCUGCAGCAAGUGGACCGAGAGCGGCCGCACGUGCGCCGCCGCCGGGGCACCUUCAAGCGCAGCAAGCUGCGGGCGCGGGACGGCGGCGAGAGGAUCAGCAUGCCUCUCGACUUCAAGCACCGGAUCACCGUGCAGGCCUCUCCUGGCUUGGACCGGAGGAAAAACGUCUUUGAGGUCGGGGCCGGGGACUCACCCACUUUCCCACGCUUCAGGGCCAUCCAGUUGGAAGCUGCAGACACUGGACAGGUUUGGGGUCGCCAGUCCCCACGACGCUUGGAAGACCCAGGGAAUGGGGAGCGCCGGCCGUGCUGGGCCUGGGGGCCUGGGUCCCCUAAGUCAGGAGAGGCUCAGAAUGGGAGGAGGCGGUCCCGAAUGGAUGAGACAACCUGGUACCUGGACUCCAAUGACCCGUCCCCCCUGGGGUCUCCAUCCACCCCCCCUACGCUCAAUGGUGACAUCCGCCCCCCAGAGCCCGAGGAGCCUCGGCGAGCAGGCCCCUCGGACCGGAGCGGAACGCCCAAGAUCAUCCAGCGUGCCCUGCUCCGGGGGACGGCUCUGCUGGCCUCUCUGGGGCUGGGCCGUGAUCUGCAGCAGGCUGGCGGCGGGGCCCGAGACAAGGGAGAUGCUACCCCUGAGGAGGUGGCGGCGUCACCCCCCUCCCCCCUCAUUUGCUUCUCUCCCAAAACUCCAGAUGCCCCGACCUCCCCACUGAGCCUGGACGCUGAGACGCCUCCCAGCCCCCCGCUGCUUGACCUGGGAACCCCUGGGGGGCAGCCCUCUGCCAAAAGCCCCCGCCGAGAGGAGGCGAUGCGGGGUGGGGCUGUCUCCCCCCCUCCUGGGGCCUUCCGUUCCCCUCCUGGCACCCCCCGAUCCCCAACACUGGGCCUCAUCGGCAGGCCUCGGCCUUCACCCCUUCGGAGCCGCAUCGACCCCUGGAGUUUUGUGUCCACGGGACCCCGCCCAUCCCCACUUCCAUCUCCGCAGCCCACCCCACGUCGAGCCCCCUGGACCCUGUUCCCAGACUCAGACCCCUUCCGGGACCCCCCACCCUUCGACCCUUUUGGGCCAGAGUCCCCGCAGAACAGGAGAGCCCAGACCAAAGACAUGGGGGGCCAGGCUCCUUGGGGAGCCACAGAACCAGAGGGGAGCCCCUGAAUGAUGGGGGCAAGGCAUA